CUCAGAGCGGGGCGUACGUGACGCCAAAGCGGAAGUGUGUUUUCGGAAGUGGCUGCUGAUAUGAACUGUAGAAGGGUGUGAAAAACGGGGAAAUAACGGUGGUUCUGUGCGGAGUUUUCGUGAACCAGAAGAUAAGGAGAAUAACUCGGCAGACGGGAUGGUUUUAGCCGUCGACGUGUGUUUUUUGUUGGUGUUUUGGUCGGUGGGAGCGGCGAAGGAUACAGGAGACGACGACUGGGUUCAUCUGCCCAACAAAUGUGAAGUCUGUAAGUUUGUCAGCAUUGAAAUGAAGUCAGCGUUUGAGGAAACAGGAAAAACCAAAGAGGUGAUCGACAGAAACUAUCGCUUUAUCGACGGAAAGGGAGCGCCGCCCAUCAAAUACAACAAGUCAGACUUGAGGUUCAUCGAGGUCGUAGAAAAUGUCUGUCAGAGGCUGCUGGAGUACAACCUGCACAAAGAGAGGACUGGCAGCAACCGCUUUGCCAAGGGCAUGUCUGAGACCUUCUCCACCCUGCAUGGUUUGGUGAACAAAGGAGUGAACGUGGUGAUGGAUAUUCCCUUUGAGCUCUGGAACGAGACCUCAGCAGAAGUAGCUGACCUGAAGAAACAGUGUGACGUUCUGGUGGAGCAGUAUGAGGACGUGAUUGAAGACUGGUAUAAAGGCAGCCAGGAGGAGGACCUGACCACAUAUCUGUGUGAGAAACAUGUUCUGAAAGGACAGGACACAGCCUGUCUGCAGGAGGAAUACUCUGGCAGGAAGAAGGGAGACCAGGCAGCCAUCGCAGAGGACAAGAAGAAGAAGAAGAAGAAGAAGAAGAAGGGAGGAAAGAAGGGGAAGGGAAGAGGGGAGGACGGGGUAGACGGAGGGGACGGCGGCUCGGAGAAGAAGAAGAAGGUGAAGAAGAAGAGCAAAGUCCCGGUGGAGAGGACAGAUGGAGGGAUGGACGGAGGCGCCACCACGGACGACGAGAUCCAGCCUCAGGUGCCUCUGUCUGGGCAGAAGACGGAGCUAUGUGUGUAAACUCCUCAUCUUCCAACGACUCCCUUCUUCAUCCAAACCUCUCUUCAGACAACUUCAUCUUUCUGUUAAUGAGGUGUUACGUCACCAGACCAGGCUCCUUCAUCUACAUCGCAUAUCGUGCCACCUACAUCCUCCUCCUCCUCCCUCUCUGCAUCUUCAUCAUCUACCAUGGUCUCCAACAAUGGAGACUAAAUGGCUCCACCUCCUCAGCAGCAACCAUGAGUCACUCUGACAGCUUCACCUACAACAUGGUCACCAUGGAGAUGAUUGGAGUCUUUGGGUCUGUCCUUGUGAUUUGUGGUAUCUGCAGCGAUCACGUAAAGAUAUUUCUGGUGGGGUACUUUCUUUUGUAUGUCACCUGGUUCGGACAGAUCUUCUUCCACGUCCUGACCUGUGUGGAGCGCUACCUGGCUGUGGUUCAUCCCAUCACCUACCUGAGCCUGAGAAAAGAGAGAGGGAUCAGAAUCAGAAACAUCAGCAUCGGCUGUGUCUGGCUGCUUUCCUCUGCAAUGACAGUUCUGUUGAUGAAAGAGAAUGUUUUAUUCAUUGUGUAUUUCUGCUUCUUGAUGCCAUCCUUAGCUACUGUCUCCUUCUGCAGUGUUUCUGUUCUCUGUGUUCUGAUUCGACCAGGUCCAGGGAAACAGGGCGGGGCCAGGGAGAGGGUUGACCAAUCAAAGCUGAGGGCAUUCUACACCAUUAUGGUCAUACUGGGAGUGCUGGUGGUGAGAUUGGCUAUGAAUUUGGCUUGGGCUGUGCUGAAUGUGGUGGAGAGAGAUGCAGACUGUAUGGUAAUGAUGGCUGGUAUCUGGUUCUUUCUGCCCAGCAGUCUGGUCUUACCCCUGCUGUUUCUACACAGAACAGGAAAAUAGGUGUGUUGGAAGAAAAACAUCCAGUGAGGCAAAGGAAUAAAGAAACUCAAAAACACUUCAGAACAGAGAGCCGUUUUGCUGUAGGAUCAUUCGACCUCUGACCCUACAUCUCUCUGUCUAAACACAAUGAAUAAAUAUGUGGAGUGUGAGCCUCAUUAAUUAUGAUCAAUGACUGAUUCCAUGCAGCAGCAGCUGCUUGUCUGAAUUUAUGACAAAUGGUUCAGCAUCACCUCUUUUGAUUCCAAGUUGGACAAAAUCAAUGCCCUCAAACAAAAAUACCUUUUUUUCAAGUCUCUUUAGGCAUUAUUAACACAUUUCUCAUAUUUCAUGAGACUUUUCAGUAAAACUCCAAUAAACAGCAAUAUAUUUUAAACAAAACUUCUUUCACUUGACAAACUUUAAAUUCAGUAACUUCUUGUCAUUAUUGCUCAUCUGACUGCUCUGGAAGCUGCCGUUUUUGCAGCAGCUUCUGUUAUUUUUCCACUGUGUUUGUUCUUCAACAAGUUCCCUUCUUCAGAUUGUGUUAGUUUUUAAAUCUUUAGCUACAUUGAGCUAAAUUAAUUGUAGCUAAAUUACUAAUUUCCUUGAAAAGCUGAUAUUAUUUCAUGUACAGACAUGAGAUUCUGUCAGAAAUAUAUGCAGUCCAAAUUUAUCUUAUCAAACAAAUAUAUGAACGUUUUUCAGUAAGAUCGAGCCUCUGAUUAAAGAAUUUUUGUGUUAUGUGAAAUAAUAUGUAUUUAUGAUGGAUUAAAAAAGAAAAACAUUUGCUUUUUAUGAACAUUUACACCACUGAUGCAUAUUUUUCUGUUUCUCACAUUGGCCUUCAGUUUUAGCAUUCUGUAAUCCUUCUUGUGUUUUGCUGUAGUUUUGAAAGACAAGUCAUUCCAGUGCUUUUGUUGCUUAAAGAAAAUAACUCUAAAUGAUGAACUGAAAUAAUAAAGCUGCUGUGUCAUCCUGUAA